AUGCCGGACGGGUUGACCUAUCUCGGACAAAAAUGUGUUUUGGAGUUUUUGGAAGCAAAUAAAAGAAUCCACAUCUCUUCUCGCUGUCCAUACCUGAAACAAAUCGAUCAUGGUGUGCCAUUCCAUAUCAAUACGUUAGUUUUUCAUAAAGACUGGAUCAUAGUGAAUAAAUUCGGUUAUCACUUACGCGAGGAAGAAGAAUCGGAUCCCCAUGAUCCCCGUAAUCAACUGGUGGAAGGAGAUGUAUUGAUUGGGUCAAAAAUCGCUUUUUGGAGUCGUAAAUAUCCUAAAAUUGGAUUUUAUAACAAUUUACGUCAAGUCGCGGAUAGACGAGUACCAGAAAGACCGUGA